ACCAAAAAGGAAGAAAUGUCAUCUUCUUCGGAGAAAUAUUUCCGACAUGACUUGAGGGUGUUGCUGCUUCUGUUCCUGCUACUACUGGCCAAGGCUUCUGUAGGAGGAUGCAUCCGCCCCAUGGUUAAAGUAAGGAAUCUCCAGUUCAAGUUUGAAGAGGAGCUGCCGCGGGCGCCAGUGCCGCCUUCAGGACCUUCCGCGUGCCAUAAUACUCUUGGCCCUUAUAACGAACCGCCCCAGUUCUGGCAGCCUGAUGAUGAUGAUGAUGAUGAUACUUCCUGUCCUUAAUCCAAAGCUUCGUAUUGUUUCUUCUUCUUUUUCAAUUAAUUAGAGAGGACUUCAGAUCAAAGUGUAAGGAUAUGAUCAAUUAAUUAAUCCUUUUUUCAGACAUAAUUGUAAUUAGGUUCAAACCAGAGAGAGAUUGACUUAAUGGUUUGGUUUGUUCAUCUCUGCGUGCUUGAUUACUGUGGCUGAAUAGGUGUAGCACUCUUUUUCUAUACUAUAUAUUAAUCUUUGGAUCUUCAUUUUGUAUUCAUUAAUAAGUAAUAACCAUUACC